UUGCAGGCUGGCUGGACUAAUCUUAAUUCAUCCCUCAGGGGAAAUCUGAGAAGGAUAUCAAAGUCAUUAGUUUUUGUUUCUGCAAAAAAGCCUGAGUCAAAGUUAACAUUUGAUACAGUGAUGUCCGAGGCAAAGAAUGCAACUGUUGGUAUGUAUUUUUGGAACAAAUCAAUAAAUAAAAUUAAGUAAUGCACUUUUUCAUAUAAAAAGUAUUGCUAGAAUACGAAUAUUUGGCCGACGGACCUUGCUACAUCCAAAUUUGUUAUUGGUCUGUUUCGAUCCUAUUAUCUGAUGCACAGUAAGCCUCAAGAUGCCUAUCUUUAAAAAUCUGCAAUUUUUCAUAGACUUCUGUGCUUUCAAACCAUCCAGGCUAUGUUGCAUUAAUCCAAUGAUGCGGAAUGGGGUCUUUUUUUAUGAAGGUUCUCGGUUAAAUCUGAAGACUACCCCACAGAGAAGGUCCUAUGCAGCGGCUUGAAAGUUAAAAACAUGGCUACGCUUAAAUGACUCGCAAGAAAGGCUCAGUAAUGUGACAGUUCCAAACAGCCACAAAGAGAGAACAAACAAAUUUGCCUCACCAACUUAGCAAAUAAAUAUGCUGUUCAUAACUAUAAUUAGAAAAGAAAUUUUGGUAUAUUAAGACUCCAGCCCCCCUCCCCCAACUUCAAAAGGGGUGGUCGCCGGCCCCUGCACUUUAAAAACUGCUCCGCGGGCCCUGGGUGAGAGGGUUAGAUGGCCGCUUACGAGAGCUUGCUCAUGCAGCUACAAAAUCAACGUAACAUAAGUGGUGUUUUGAAGAGUAUGUGAUAAAUGAUAUAGAUCCAUUCAAAUGAACAGAUUCAGAGGUGAACAAGAUUUCAUCUUGGGUGUCUGCUUACAGUCACUGUGCCUUCUUUUGUAUUUGCUGUGUAAUUUUAACCUUCUUUUAAUGUUUUGAGUUGUUAUUUUUAUGUUUUGCUCAGUUUGGUGGCAGCUCUCAGUUUGAAUCCUGAUAGAUUUUGUGACGCAGCCCCUUUUCUUAAAAGAGCUGACUGUUCUAUGUUGUUUCAGUUUUGUUUGGUGAACAACACCAUGAGCCAUCGAUUCUCAAGGCCCAGUUAUGUGUCCUUGAAAGAAUGGUAUCACAAACACAGCUUCUGUCUACCAACACUUCCAAGGGUGCAGGAAAUGUUACAGUUGUCAUGGAGAUGUUUAACUUUCAACAGCAACCUUUGCUUGAUGCAUAUCAGGCUGACCAAAUUUCAUUAGAUGAACUUUCAAAUAAAUACAAAGGAACUGAAGGAUUUGCACUGGAGCAUUACGGAUAUAUCUUAGAAGUUGCUAAAAAACUUGGAGUCAAGCUAGUGGCUGGGUUUGUGCCCAAACCAUUUUGCAGCAUGAUGGUUAAUGAGGGUAAAAACCAUGUUCUUGAAAAAAUAGAAAAAAGUGGAGGACCACCAAGAGAAUUUUAUGUUGAUGGAUCUGAGGAUCAUUAUCGAUACUUUCAAGGACUUAUCAGUGGAAAUCUUGACAAAGUUGUGGACAAGUAUCGUCGGAUAUUUCCAGCACAGAUACUAAGAGAUAGUGCAUUUGCUUACACAGUUAUGGAUAUAGUACAAAAGUCAAAUGGACAGACUAGAGUCUUGGGUAUCUGUGGAUCAGGACACUUAGAUUACAAAUUUGGUAUUCCUGAGCGGAUAUCACCAGAGGUCCCCAUUUAUGUGCUGACAUCACGUGCUCAAGAUGACCCAGUGGAACAUAAUGUUGCUGACUGCAUCUUUCAGUAUUCAUAA